CCUCUCCUUCCCCAGGAGCGCCCCGACGGGCUGGGCGCAGCGGCUGGCGGGGCCCGCCUGUCGUCUCUGCCCCAGGCGGCCUACGGGCCGGCGCCACCGCUCUGCCACACGCCCGCCGCCGCCGCUGCCGCCGACUUCCAGCCGCCCUACUUCCCGCCGCCCUACCCGCAGCCGCCACUGCCCUACGGCCAGGCGUCCGACGCCGCCGCCGCCUUUCCCCACCUGGCCGGGGACCCGUACGGCGGUCUAGCGCCCCUGGCACAGCCGCAGCCCCCACAGGCCGCCUGGGCCGCGCCCCGCGCCACCGCCCGCGCCCACGAGGAGCCGCCCGGCCUGCUGGCGCCGCCCGCCCGCGCCCUGGGCCUCGACCCGCGCCGCGACUACGCCGCCGCGGUGCCCCGGCUCCUGCACGGCCUGGCCGACGGUGCGCACGGCCUGGCGGACGCGCCCCUCGGCCUCCCCGGGCUGGCGGCGCCGCCCGGCCUGGAGGACCUGCAGGCCAUGGAUGAGCCCGGAAUGAGUCUCCUGGACCAGUCCGUGAUCAAGAAAGUCCCCAUCCCCUCCAAAGCCAGCAGCCUCUCAGCCCUCUCACUGGCCAAAGACAGCCUGGUUGGCGGCAUCACGAACCCCAGUGAGGUCUUCUGCUCCGUGCCAGGCCGGCUCUCACUGCUCAGCUCGACGUCCAAGUACAAGGUGACGGUGGGGGAGGUCCAGCGGCGACUCUCUCCUCCUGAGUGCCUCAAUGCUUCCCUCCUGGGUGGCGUCCUUCGCAGGGCCAAGUCCAAGAACGGGGGCCGGUGCCUGCGGGAACGGCUGGAGAAGAUCGGGCUCAACUUGCCGGCCGGCCGUCGCAAGGCUGCCAAUGUGACGCUGCUGACUUCACUGGUGGAGGGAGAGGCUGUGCACCUGGCCCGAGACUUUGGCUACGUCUGUGAGACCGAGUUCCCAGCCAAGGCAGCUGCCGAGUACCUGUGCCGACAGCACUCUGACCCCGGGGAACUGCACAGCCGCAAGAGCAUGCUGCUGGCCGCCAAGCAGAUCUGCAAGGAGUUUGCAGACUUGAUGGCUCAGGACCGCUCACCACUGGGGAACAGCCGCCCAGCACUCAUCCUGGAGCCCGGAGUGCAGAGUUGCCUGACACACUUUAGCCUCAUCACCCAUGGCUUCGGUGGGCCCGCCAUCUGUGCUGCCCUCACUGCCUUCCAGAACUACUUACUGGAGUCACUCAAGGGGCUGGACAAGAUGUUUCUAAGCAGUGCGGGCAGCGGGCAUGGUGACACUAAGGCUUCAGAGAAGGAUGCCAAGCAUCGGAAAUAACCGCUUCCCCCGCCCCAUCCCUAAGGGGCUCCUGAGGCCCGAAAUGAGGUCUUAGCUCCUGGGGAUGGGCCUGAAAGGAUUAAAAGGUGGGGUUGGAGUUAGGCCAGAAAGAGGACAUUCAUCCAGAAACCCCUGAGUUCGGGGUCUGGGUUGGAGAGGAGAGGUGGCCUCUCUGUGGUGGUUUGUUGAUAAGGGCUCAGGCAUCUGCCUCAUGUGCAAUUUUCUGACCCUUGAUUGCUGAGAAGUGCUUAGACAGGAAAUUGGCAUGGGAAAGCUUGGUUCUUGGGGCUGAGCCCCGCCCAUUAGGGUGCCUGGGUAGCAAUGGGUGCUCCUAGGGGCCAAGGCCUUGCUGUUUUUACUGAUGGCAGGAAGGAAAAUGUUAACAAACCAGAGGUGCUACUGAGGAGAUGUGCUCCUCAUCCAGAAUCUCCUACCCCCAGAAAAGGGCUGCUGGCAGGAAGCCCCAGUGGGCUCUUUGGACCCCUCCUAAUCUUGGAAGGAAGUGGGCAGGAGGGGCCCUCAGGAUCAAAGAAGAUAAAGCACAAAUUGGAGAACUUGAAUCCAGGCUGCACUUCACUCCUGUUGCUGUCUGUCCUAUUUAUUUAUGUAUGUUGUAAUUAAAUUUGAAAGUUUAAAAAUGUCCAGUGCAACUUAUUUAUCCCAAUAAGCUGAGGACUCAUUUCCCUCUUUUCUGCUCAUGCACUGAGAUGUCCAGCCGGACCAGAAUAGAGAGGGUGUUUUUGCUCGCAAAGGGCUGUGGGUGGGCUGGGAGGGAAGAACGAUGUGUCAGGGACCCUGAGGUUGUCGCUGGGAUUUCGUAUUUGCUGUUGUUCUCUUGACCCUGCAAUCACUGUACCUCCCCACCUCUCAGAUUGCUUUCUCAUUCUCUUAAUAAAACCUUUUCAUUGGAUAUGAAGCCCUCUCUGUCCUUCUUCAGCCCAGGCCUGGAUUUGCCUCCGAAGAGGGCAAGGUCACUGGGGAGAGGCAGAGCCUGGAAUUAGGAGGAGGGGUUCGAGUGGGAAGGGGCCUCUAAGGGGAAAUCAUGGGAAGGAGCUGUGGGCACCUGUGUGUGUGGCAGGGGUUGGGGGGCGGGGUACAGAUGGUGGAUCUCUCUGGUUUGUCAUUGUGGCUGUUCUGUGUGGUGUGUGAAGGGAAUCCUGGGUCAGUAUGUAUACCGUUUUGACUUGGUGGGCCUGUGUGUGAAUGUGUCAGUGUGUGAAUGCGUUAGGUCCAUAUUACCAUGACCCCUGGUGGUGGGUCUGUAUGUGUCAGUGUGCAUGCAGGUGGCUACAUGUGUCUGGCCAAUGCUAAUCCAGCUCUCUGUUCUUCUUGAGGAUUUCUCUCUUCAGGCAUCUUUUAUUUCCUGCAUCAUCAGUCCCUGCCUCUACUGAAUCGUCCACUAAUCAUUCCCCAAAGCACACGUUCUAGGAUCUCUUACAAAACAUAAAUCCUUUCCCAUUUAUUUCCUUUGCAGUUUAAGUUUUUGAAAGAUUGCUAUCCCUAUCUCCACUUCCUCACCCCCAAUUCACUCUUCAGCUCACUUCAGUCUGGCUUCUAUUCCAGUCUACUGAAAUCCAUUCAGCAAGGUCUUCAAUGGCCACAGUAUCAAAUCCAAAGGCCUUUUUUCUAGACUUAGCAGCAUUUGACAUGGCUGACCACUUACUCUUUUCUGAAACACUCUCUUCUCUGUGGCUUCCAACUUCUGGUUUCCUCUGACCUCACUGGUUUCAACUCUGGUUCCCUCUCUACUUAAUCUCUAACCGUGGGCCUUCCUUGGGGCCUUUGCCCUGAAUUCCAGGCUUGGAUGUACAACUGCCUGCCUGAUCACUCCAGUGGAUUGUCUAACACACAUCUUCAAUUUAUGUCAAGUACUCAAAUCUUGACCUCCUUCACACUUUCCUGCUCAGUAAAUGGCACCACCCUCUACCCAGUUGCUCAAGCCAGAAACCGGGGAGUCAUAUUUGAUCCCUGCUCUACACCCAAUCCAUCAGAAAGUCCAUGAUCUUCUUUCUUUCUCCUCUGCCACCACCCUAGUCCUCAGGACCACUGCAACUGUCUUGCAACUGGCCUCCCUGGUACAACUUCAUACUAAGGCCCUGCAAUGAUCUGGACUUCGCCUACUUCUUCAACCUUAUCUUAAACUAUUCUCUUCAUCAUUCCCUUUGUUCUGGCCACACUGGUUUCUUUUCUGUUCCUCAAUUUACCACUCUGUUUUAUACCUCAGGGCCAUUGCACUCACUGUUCUCUUUGCUUGGUAUGCUCUUCCCCCGGUUCUUUGUAGGUGUGCUGUCAGAGACAGAUAUUGAGUGUUUUGCAGAAGGGAACAUGGGGUCUAGGCAUCAUCUCCCAGGGUAAAAGUCCAAAGAUGUGAUUCCUUUUCCCAAGAAGUUUCGCUGCCGCAACCCACCCAUAUGAAAGGAGGAAUGGAGGAAAGGCUGGAAGCAUGCUCUGCUUUAACCAAAGCCCUGGGUCUGGCAAGACACAUUCAACUAAAAUUAUCUUAGACUAUGGGAAGUUGAAGGGAUUAAAUGAAAUAACAGAUAUACAGUAUUUAAACAAUGCCCACCACAUAGUAAAAGGUUGUAAGUACCUCUAAGGUGAAAAAGGAAGAAACUAGGUUAUCACAAACUUUUCAGUGCUGGAUAAAUUUCCCUAAAUUAACCAUGUAGUCCUGACCAAUCCUAUUUUAGAGAUAAGAAAAUCUUAUCAACUCGCCCAAGGUCACAGAGCUGGUAAAUGGGACGCAGGCAGAUCUGUCUGAUCCACCAAUCCCUUCGUUUCCACUGUACCACAUGGCCCUCUGCAGAGAGGUUCAGGGGCCUGAGCCCAGAGAGGGGAAGCAGGUCCUCCCAGGCCUUUGGGCCCCAAGGCUCUGCUCCUCCAGUACAUGGUCAGGGUUCUAACAGUGCAGAGGCAGCAGGACAGUGUGGAGACUAUAAGUGGCAGAAGAAGCUUCUGAUGAGGUCUCUGCAUUUGAUUCUUCCCAGUAAGGUUUUUUGGUUGUCUUUUUUCCCGUAGCAAAAAGUGUUUUAGCCACUGACUUGUUUGGUUUAGCCCUAAGCAAAAGUGGACGAUGAUUAAAGAAAAAGUAUACACGGAUGGUUUACACAGCUUCUUUUUUGCCAAGUAGCUGCAAACUGAAAGAGUAUUUAGAUUGGGUAAGCAUCACGAUUUUGGGAGUUUAAAGACUUUCACUUAAAAAAAGACUUUCUUGGGGCCAGCCCCAUGGCUGAGUGGUUGGGGUUCGUGCACUCCGCUUCUGC